AUGGCCUCGAACGCAGUGACGCCACUCAUCAUCAACAAUGAAUCCAUCGUGACAGACAUCAAAUUCGAGGUCCACGCGCCGGCCACGGGUGAGCUCUCCGGGUACUGCGCAGGUGCAUCGGUCGACGAUGCAAAGCGCGCCGUCGAGUGCGCCCAGGCAGCCUUCCCCGCCUGGAGCAAGACCAAGGCCUUUGACCGUCGCGACAUCCUACUCAAGGCCGGUGAGGUCAUGUUGGCGCGCAAGGAGGAGCUCAUUGCGUUGCAGAUGGAGGAGACCGGAGCGGGACGGCUCUUUGUGGAGCAUACUUUCCACAUGGGCGUCAACUUUGUCAAGGACUUUGCCGGGCGGAUCUCAACCAUCGAGGGCAAAGUGCCGAGUGUGAACGUGGACGGAGAGAAUGCGAUCAUCUACAAGGAGCCUUAUGGUGUGAUUCUGAGCAUUGCGCCAUGGAAUGCGCCUUUGAUCCUGGGCAUGCGCGCCAUCGCGCUGCCUCUGGCCGCCGGUAACACAAUCGUCUUCAAGGGCUCGGAGCUGUCACCCAAGUGCUUCUGGGCUCUCGGUGACAUUUUCCGUGAGGCUGGUCUCCCCGCAGGCUGCCUGAACGUGCUGUACCAUCAGACCUCCGAUGCCGCCGCCGUGACCAAUACUCUGAUUGCCCACCCCUAUGUUCGCAAGAUCAACUUUACCGGUAGCACCCAUGUGGGCUCCAUCAUUGCCUCCACCGCCGGAAAAUACAUCAAGCCGGUCUUGUUGGAACUGGGUGGGAAGGCGUCCGCAAUCGUCUUGGACGAUGCGGACCUCGACAAGGCCGCCAUGAACUGCGCACUGGGAUCCUUUAUGCAUUCCGGUCAAAUUUGCAUGUCGACCGAACGCAUCGUCGUCCAAAGCGCUGUCGCCGAUCAGUUCCGCCAAAAGGUCGCCGAACAUGCUGAGAAGCUGUUUGGCAAGGAUGUGCCAGCCCUGUGCCUUGUGAACGCUGCGGCCGUCACCAAGAACAAGAAGCUCGUCGCUGACGCCGUCUCACGCGGAGCCAAGGUGAUCUUUGGCGAUGCCAACGGCAAUGAGGGCCGCGAUACUCAAAUGCGACCCAUCAUCGUGGAUGGGGUCACCCAGGAGAUGGAUCUGUACAAGACGGAAUCUUUCGGUCCGACUGUAUCGCUGUUUGUUGUGGAUUCGGAAGAAGAGGCUAUCGCGCUGGCCAACGAUACCGAGUACGGUCUCACCGCGGCCGUGUAUACGCAAAACUUGUUCCGCGGCCUGCGUGUUGCCAAGCAAGUUGAAUCUGGUGCGGUCCACAUCAAUGCGCUGACGAUUCACGACGAGCCUGUUUUGCCUCAUGGUGGGUGGAAGAGCAGUGGAUUUGGUCGCUUUGGCGGUGUCUCUGGAUACGACGAAUUCCUUCAGACCAAGGUUGUCACCUGGCAUGAGUAG